AUGAUGCCAGGAAUAACUACGUGGCGAAUAGACGAAGCCAGAAAACAUGCAGCACUUUAUGGAGCAGGAACGGCGAAAGAGAUACCUAAAACACAUCGAACACGUUUGAAUCCAGCAAAAGUUGAUCAUUUUAUUGAUUUCAUCUCUCAACCACAUUUUCUACAAGAUGUUGCAUUCGGCACUAGGACUCUAAAACUCUCGAAUGGAACAACAAUGGAAAUUCCAAACGUCUUAAGAACAGUUACAUCUUCGAGAUUAGUAGACCUUUAUAUUGCAACUUGCAAAGAAAAACGAUUUUGA